GGAAUGACCCUAAAGCUGCUCUCUGUUCCACCCCCCUGCCUCGGGCAGGGACGUUACAGAUGCGUCCUUUUAACAAUGAAUGUCCGAACUGAUGAAUUGCAGUUGCAGAUUUAAGGUGAUUAUUUCUUACACCUCUUAUCUGAAGGGUAUUUCCCUUUGUAAAGGGACGUUUUUGCCGCGUUGCUGCAUUUUGCCCUUUACCACAGAGGAGGAAAAACCUGAUCGCAGUGAAAAUGUGAAAAACGCUUUUAAAAAUCCAGCUGGGAAUAUUCUGAAAGUCUCUGUAAGGAAUAGGAUUAAAGCAAGGCAGGAACGGAGAGGAGGCUGCUGUCUGCUUUUUCCCUUAUUUAAAUAUUCCCGGAGCUUCCUCCAUUUUAAUUUUCCCAUAAAACAUGGCUGUGUUAGCAGAGCUGACAAAACCAACAUCAUUUCCCUGGCUCGGCUCAGUUUAAGCCGGGCUCCUACGGAGUGGGGACCCCCUUUAUAGGAACUGAGCGAGCAGCACGAUCCUAAAAAAUUCCCGAAUUCCCCAGCGCUUCCAGGCACGCAGCUGGGUCGGUGCGGAUCAAUUCCCAUCCUUUUGUGCCUUCCCGGAUCUCAUCCCUCGCUCCCGCAUCCACCCACGGGAAGCCUCGGCGAGGAUGCGCUGCCAGGCUUGGCUUAGGCUGGGAUUAGCAGCUGCUGCUGCCGGGUUUUGCGGGGUCUCUGCCUCGGAUGAACGCUGAUUUUUUUUUGGGGGGGGUGGGAUUGGGAAAGGUUCCUCUGCUAUCGGAGCGGCGAUUUCUCCGGGAGGAUUUGUGCUGGCUUGCCAGGAGAUUUUCAAAAUGCCUGAAGCCAACUAUUUGUUAUCGGUGUCUUGGGGUUACAUUAAGUUUAAGAGGAUGCUGAACCGGGAGCUCACCCACCUGUCCGAGAUGAGCCGUUCUGGCAACCAAGUGUCCGAGUACAUUUCCAACACUUUCCUGGACAAGCAGAACGAUGUGGAGAUUCCUUCUCCCACCCAGAAGGACAGGGAGAAGAAGAAAAAACAGCAGCUCAUGACACAGAUCAGCGGGGUGAAGAAAUUAAUGCACAGCUCGAGCUUAAACAACACCAGCAUCUCACGGUUUGGGGUGAAGACAGAGAAGGAAGAUCACCUGGCCAAGGAACUGGAAGACCUCAAUAAAUGGGGCCUGAACAUCUUCAACGUGGCCAGGUAUUCCCACAACCGGCCGCUCACCUGCAUCAUGUACGCCAUAUUCCAGGAGCGGGAUCUGCUGAAAACCUUCAAGAUCUCGUCGGACACGUUCGUGACGUACAUGAUGACCCUGGAGGAUCACUACCACUCAGACGUGGCCUACCACAACAGCCUGCACGCUGCUGACGUGGCCCAGUCCACCCAUGUGCUGCUCUCCACCCCUGCCCUGGAUGCUGUGUUCACGGAUCUGGAAAUCCUCGCUGCCAUUUUCGCAGCUGCAAUCCAUGAUGUGGAUCACCCCGGGGUCUCCAAUCAAUUCCUGAUCAACACAAAUUCUGAGCUGGCCCUGAUGUACAACGACGAGUCCGUGCUGGAGAAUCAUCACCUGGCCGUGGGCUUCAAGCUGCUCCAGGAGGAGCACUGUGACAUCUUCCAGAACCUGACCAAGAAGCAGCGCCAGACCCUCAGGAAGAUGGUGAUUGACAUGGUGUUGGCCACUGAUAUGUCCAAGCACAUGAGUCUGUUGGCUGAUCUGAAGACUAUGGUGGAAACCAAGAAGGUGACCAGCUCAGGAGUUCUCCUUCUGGACAACUACACGGACAGAAUACAGGUUCUCCGGAACAUGGUGCACUGUGCAGACCUGAGCAACCCCACCAAGUCCCUGGAGCUGUACCGGCAGUGGACAGACAGGAUCAUGGAGGAAUUCUUCCAGCAGGGAGACAAGGAGAGGGAGAGGGGCAUGGAAAUCAGCCCCAUGUGUGACAAACACACGGCCUCCGUGGAAAAAUCCCAGGUGGGAUUCAUUGACUACAUCGUGCACCCGCUGUGGGAGACGUGGGCUGACCUGGUGCAGCCCGACGCCCAGGACAUCCUGGACACUCUGGAGGACAACAGGAACUGGUACCAGAGCAUGAUACCUCAGAGCCCAUCCCCUCCCCUGGAGGAGCGGGGCCAGGACUGCCAGGGGCUGAUGGAGAAGUUCCAGUUUGAACUGACGCUGGAGGAGGAGGAUUCGGACGGCCCCGAGAAGGACGGCGAGAGCCUCGGCUACUUCAGCAAUACAGAGACACUCUGCACGGCCCAGCCAGGGCUCGAGGAGCCCCAGAGGGAGGCCACCAUCGAGAUUGUGACAGAAGACACAUCCCCUGUGGACACAUAAUGGCCCAACCCCGCGGGAGUGGCUUUUAAACACUUGCAGAGCUUGCAGCGGUCUCCGACAGCCUCUGCAGCGGGGCUGGGGCUCUGCCUCGGGGCUGACACAUCCUCCAGCUGCCCGAGAUUGGAGUCAGGGUCAGGAUGGGGUAGGGAACGAUUGCUCAGGAAAUGCACGGGUGAUUUGCGUUGUGGUUUGAGCCUCGUCAGCCGAGAGGUCCCGGAGCUGGCUUGGGUCGGGCCCGAGGCGGCGCUGACACACAACUGAGAGAUUUUAUACUGUUAGUUUUGGAGUUUAUACCAGUUAGACUGAUAGAAACUACUGAUCAAUAACUCAUAUCCAACCUGUCCACCUGUCUGCAGACCUGUGUGCCUUCUUUGUAAACACUUUCAUGUCUUUUCAAGAGUCUCUUAAUCCAACACACGGAGCUUGGUAGUUCAAAAGCGACACAAGGCGAUUCGGAAUUGACGGCUACUUUUUGGAUUCUUCCUGUUACCAGAAGCAGUCUUCCUUUUUUUUCCAUGGGCAAUACCUGUCACUUUAUUGCAGUUAAUCACUUUGACAGACUAAAGAGGAGGGGAAACCCUCUGCUUUGCAUUGCUGCACCUUCAGUGUGUUCUUAAUCCCCCCGGUGACCCCUCGGUGCCGCCGUGCACCCUUCCCUCGCUGGCAACGGCGAGAUUUCUCUUUUCCUCCCUGGGGUUUGGGUUUGUGGUGAGCAGGACAGAGG